CUGCCUGCCCUCCAGGAUGAGCCCGGAGUAUUGCCUGCGCUCCUUGCUGCUCAUCAUCCUCGCCACCUUCUCGGCCAACGCCAGCAACUGGCUGCAGGUCGGGUGUUUGCUGGAUGUGGUGAAGCCUCUAAGCUCAUCUGGCUCCUCGGCGUCUCUGGGUGAUACACCAGCGAUACCACUGGCCUGGGUCCGACUGUUACCACCUUCAGGAAAAUGUUCCCCAUAUGAGACAAUGCGAAGAGUUCUCACACUUAGAACUCCUUUGUUUAAAUAAAAAAAAAAAAAAAACCACCAGAGAUUUCUGCUUUCUCCAAGACACCUGCUACAUCUUCCCCGACCUCUAUUGAGAAUUUGACAAAUUUCCGCACCGUCCCAUGGCAGGGAAUCCCCUCCCGUCUCCUUCUGUCUCUCUCUGCCAACCGCUGUGGCUCUUCCAACAUCUUCUUGUCAUUCCACCAAUUAUCCUUCCUCCUGAAAUUGUCAUCAUUUUUAUUUAAGUAGGGGCUUUCCCCCCCUGCUGGCCUUUUCAAAGCUCCCUGGGUUUGAGGUUUAAGGAAACCAUCUCGCAGGGUGGAUCAACUGCAGCUGCUUAAAUUACGGGGCUUCAGUCUCGAUCUCUGUACUGUGGAUGGAAAAAGAAAAAAAAAAAAGGGCUUUCCAUCAGUUUUGUGUUAAAUCAGUGAGUUUUAUUAAAAGGGAGCUUGUUCUGUGAGUGAGUCGUCUGGUCUUAAAGGCAGGAGAAAAGAAACAUAAAUGCUGUGAUGAAGCAAGAAGACAAAACUUGAACAAAUGGCUCGGGCAGGAGCUCACCCCGUGAAACACUCUUUGCCCAAUCUUGGAAAAGGAAGAAAAUAUGCCAUUACUUGGGUUGGUUGUUUUUUUCCACAAGCAGGGCUGUUUUGAGGCUGCGCGUGAGAUUAAGUCAUAACCUAGAGCUCUGCCCAGCGAUCGGGAUGCGGUAUCAGGAUGGAGAUCUGCACCGAGAACUCGCGGAGGGCAGGAACUGUUGGGUUUCCUCCUGUUGUGCUGGUCUUGCUGUGGGUGGAGGUAGACGAAGGCUUUGUCUGGUUUCUACCAUCUCAGACCAGGAAAAUGAAGUUUGGAUCAAGGUCCUCGUUAAGGACCAGGCGCAGUGCCAGAGCCGGGUUUCCAUGGUGACUGUGGGAUGCUGCGGAUGGGUUUGGUACCUUGCUUGGGCUCCCCAGCCCUGAGAAACACUCCGAGUGGUGGGGUGGAAGCAUCUUUGAGUGCUGGUGAGGGCAGAGCACGUUUCCCAGCUCUUAUCUCGCCCUUCAGCUGCCGCAGAGAGGUGAGAAGAGAGAGAGUUUUCACCCAGAGAGGGGAAAAGAGGUGAGCUGGUCCUCCUCGGUGCCUCUGAAUGUGCUGUGGAGAGAUGCCACGUGAAAGCCUCAAAGCCUUCCCACAAAGAUCCUUCCUUGCAUCCUUGACUCAACCUCUGGAUCCCUCCUGGACCAGUCCCCAGGAUGGCAGUCUCCCGCCCCCGACAAAAAAAAAAGCCCCUGUUGGAAAGCAGUGAUGGUACUCGUGGGACGUAGGAGACCGGUGGUAUGCCAGAAGUCCGACGGGGCCACGGCAUUUUAGGCAUCGUUGCCUCCAACCCCAAGGAGGGGCAGACACACACGGGUUGAGGAGGGCACAGAGAGGGCCUGUCACGGGGGAGAGAGGCCAGAGCACCGUUCUGGAUAGCUUCAUCUCAUCUGCCUGCCUGGCAAAACAAAUUACUAGACCUGUUCUUGGAGAGCUGUACCUAUCUUUGAAGCAUCCUCGGCCUUCGUUUUAUCAUCCCGAACAGCAUUAAAUGCGUGUUGGGGAGGCAUCUUAUCAGGCGCAUCUACUUGGAAAGGCUUGAAAGGCUCUUGUCAUGGUUUUCUUCGUGUGUGCUUUGAAUUUAUAGCUCCCCAUGGCCUGGAGAAACCCACCGAGCUGGGAAAUGUAUUAAAAAAGGAGACGAUACCCGCCAUCCUGAGCGGAGCUGAUGUUAAUGGACGGCUCUCUCCUGCCAAGGUGCCUGCAGUCGCACCGGGCACCGACCCGCGGGCAGGACCGGCCGUGGUGCUUCGCAGGAGCCGGUUCCCUGCUACGAUAAACGUUGCAGGAGGGGGAAAAAGCCAAAUCAGCACGAGGGGUUAGUACUGGAGGCAGAAUCUGUUUUUUUCUGGCUUCCAGGCUCCAAACUGAUCAGCCGACCCGCGGUGCCUUGGGACGAAUCUCACUGCUCGGCUGUGCAUCAGCUUCUCCACGCUCAAACUGAAACCACGGCUGGGCCCGGGAGGGGACGGGGCUGUCGCGGUCACCCCGGGUUUGCUCAGCAUCCAACACCCUCCAGGCUCCCGAGGGAGUUCCGCUGCCUUCAUCCCGCGUCAGCCGAGCGCAGCGAGAUGCGGGAGCAGCAAGUGUCAUGCCCUGUGUCCCCAACUGUGGAACGGGGAGCGGGGACACUCACACGCGGUGUGGGGUCCGGCAGAAAGGUGACAGCCCUGGGUUUGGCCGCUCUGGGGGUCCCAAGGCAAGCCCACCAGGGAGCCGGGCGGCCGGUCCUCUGCAAACGGGGCUGUGCCCUUGGAGGAGCAGAAAGCCUGGGGCAAAGAUGCUUUGCUGGUAUAAAGGCUAGAAAAGAACUUGGCUCGGAAAGCACGGCAGCCUGCCACUUCCCGCUGUCUGAGAGGCAUUGCAUCAAGUGAUCUCCACGCACAAGGAAAGCUGAAUGCUUUUGACAGCCAGCCACGCAGACUCCCCACGGACGCUGCAAGCCAAGCCGGCUUUCUCACCGUCUCCCACGGCCCCCCAGUCGUAAGCGUGAAACCAAGCUGGUGAAUAAUUCUGCUGAUGCACAGAAGAGAAAAUCCUGUUCUCUCCUCCUGGGGCAGACUGGCAGGGCUAAUGGGAGGAAGAGGCUGUGACAACUUGAUUUUGUGGCUGAAGUCAGCAGAUCCGGCUCCUGGGACACAUGGGAACAGGCAGGGAGCAGGAGCCACUUUUGCACAGUCACUUCUCGGAGGCGAGCAGGGCUUCAAAGGAAAAAUACUUAGCAGGAUGUUGCAACUUGGGAGGAGGAGGAGAAAAAAAAAAAAAAAACAAGCAAACAAAAAAAAAACCCACAGGCUCUGUAGGGCUGGGAAAUGCAGAGUCAAGGAAUGAGGUUUCCAAAAAAGCCUUCGCUCGGCCACUCGCAUCUCUUGGUGCGGGCGAGGCAGCAACGUGAGCCGACGCUGGCGGCUCCCGAGGACGUUACAGCUCGGCGUGGUCGGCGGGUGCAAGCCUGAGUUUCGCCCGUCCAAUGCGGGGGAUGAUGUCCCCGCUCCGCAGCAGGAGGGGGCUCCAACGGGUGGCAGCGUCACUUAAAGCGGGUGCCAGCAGCUGCGGGAAGGAGGGCGUCUCAGCCGGGCGUGCGCCAGCACGGGCCCGGAGAGAGGGUCUGGGAUGAUCCAACAGCCUGACCAAGCUACGCGGGUCUAUCUUAAAACCCCUCUGAGGCCGGGGCAGGAGGAGGGACCUGGGAAACGGGCGAGCGCACACGAAUGCUGGUCUCGGUGGGUUGGGAUGUGCAGGACGGACCGUCGUGCCCGUGUGCCCCGUGGGGAGAUGCCAAGAGCUUGCAGGGUGCUCGCCCCUAAACGGGGCAGCUCCCCUUUCCCACCCAAGAGCAGCUCUGCAACUCCUCCUGCUGAGGAUGGGGCGAUGGAAAGCGGAGCACGUGGUCACCUCCACGCAGGGCCAGGCUUUUCCAGGUCAGCAAAGACCUCAUGGCCAUGGUCACAAGCCGGGCUGGUGGAGGAGGUGCCCAGCGUGUGCGGUUUUGCGCACGGCAGGCUCCUGACUGUCCUCCCCACUUCAAGCCCGGCUUGAAGCCCAAGCGACAGGAAAGCUGGCAGCUCCCAGAGGCCAUCCUUGCCUGCUGGGGGCCGGGGCAGCUAAAAGCAGGCUCCAGGAGGGAAGUGGUUUGGAGGGCGAUGUUUGUCGGUGAUGAGCACACAGCCACGCUGUGGGAGCCGUGUGGCAGCUGGAACUGGCAGCCGAGCGCCUGUCCUGCUUGUUUUGGCUGACUUCAGGAGACCUCUGGCUUUUCCUAGUAGCACUUGGAUGUGCCGGUACUCAGGAGACCUGACCGGGCACAUUCAGACAACGCCGAAAAUAUCUUGCUUGCAGGCAACAGAGGCAAAGGGGAGCCAGCAGCCGGGCUCCCCAAGAGACGGGGGACCGGGCUGCAGAGCGAUGGUUGUUUUGCUUGGGCUUGCUCCCUGCCGGCCAAAAACGCAUCCUGUGGAGCCACCGCAGCGGCACGUUUAAGGUGACCCCAGACGGGCACCAGGUCUCGGCUGCGGAGGGGAUGAGAGGCCGGGUCUCCUCGCUUGCUGCGGUGCAGGGCGUCCCAGCUGAAGGCGGGUUCGUGCUCCCCCAACCCUCGUCUCCUAACCAGCUGUGCUGGCUGUCGCGGCAGGUACCUGGCGAAGCUGUCUUCAGUGGGGAGCAUCUCCGAGGAGGAGACCUGCGAGAAGCUGAAGGGCUUGAUCCAGCGCCAGGUGCAGAUGUGCAAGAGGAACCUGGAGGUGAUGGACUCGGUGCGGCGCGGAGCCCAGCUGGCCAUCGAGGAGUGCCAGUACCAGUUCCGCAACCGCCGCUGGAACUGCUCCACUCUGGACACCCUGCCCGUCUUCGGCAAGGUGGUAACGCAAGGGACGCGGGAGGCAGCGUUCGUCUAUGCCAUCUCUUCGGCAGGGGUGGCCUUCGCAGUGACCCGCGCCUGCAGCAGCGGCGAGCUGGACAAGUGUGGAUGCGACCGCACGGUGCAGGGGGGCAGCCCGCAGGGUUUCCAGUGGUCGGGCUGCUCCGAUAACAUCGCCUACGGCGUGGCCUUCUCGCAGUCCUUCGUUGACGUCCGCGAGAGGAGCAAAGGGGCUUCUUCCAACAGAGCGUUAAUGAACCUCCACAACAACGAGGCAGGGAGGAAGGCGAUCCUCAACAACAUGCGCGUGGAGUGCAAGUGUCACGGCGUGUCAGGCUCCUGCGAGUUCAAGACGUGCUGGAAAGCCAUGCCCCCCUUCCGCAAAGUGGGCAACGUCCUGAAGGAGAAAUUCGACGGCGCCACCGAGGUCGAGCAGAGCGAGAUCGGAUCCACCAAAGUGCUGGUGCCCAAAAACUCCCAGUUCAAGCCGCACACGGACGAGGACCUCGUCUACCUGGACUCCAGCCCCGACUUCUGCGACCACGACCUCAAGAACGGGGUGCUGGGCACCAGCGGCCGGCAGUGCAACAAGACCUCCAAGGCUAUCGACGGCUGCGAGCUGAUGUGCUGCGGCCGGGGCUUUCAUACGGACGAAGUGGAGGUUGUGGAAAGGUGCAGCUGCAAAUUCCACUGGUGCUGCUCCGUCAAGUGCAAACCCUGCCAUCGGGUGGUGGAAAUCCACACGUGCCGGUGAUGCAGGGAGGGGAGCGCCCAUCCGUCCCCUCUCUAACUGACCCUGCUUCUCCCUUGCCCCACGGCCGGGACUGAGGACGUAACCCAGCCGCUGCAGGGAGAGCACAGCUCUUUACAGAGACAGAGCCCCAGAGGAAAAACAGAUUUUAAAGAAA